UUUCACCUUCUUAAUAACAUCAUAUCUCAUUUUUAUGUUUGACAAAUUCAUCUCAAACAUUCAUGCCCAGUCAUAAUUGUCCAUCUACUUGAAUUGCCUAUUUAUAUUCGAUCAUUGUACUUUACAAACUACUUCACAUUCAAGCACUCUACUUAUUUACUUAUUAUAAGAUUUGCUCGUAGCAAUUCCAUUUUGGCAUUGAGCUCAUCUCAAUUGAGCAUUUACUUGUUUUCCUGGUCAAUUGAUAAACUAUUUUACAUAAUGUCAUGUUUUCAAUUUCUUCUCUAGCAAAUAGUUGUUGAACACUAGAUUAUCAUGUAUAAACGAAUGAGAAUAUAUUAGUAAAGUUUACAUAGACAAAUAUCUAUAGAAAGCAGAAAAACAACUUUUCCCUAGGAUUAAAAUCACCAUCUAGAUCUGGAUCCAGCAAAUCACCCAAAUAUACUAAAAUUCAUAUCCACUCAGUGAGAUCACUACGAGCGGGGAAAGUUAAUAUGCUAACUUGAAGAUUCAUUAGCAGCUACUAACUGAUAUCGAACAUACAUGAACCAAGUACUAAAGUAUCUAGAGAGCACAGAUUAGUAUUCAAAGUUUGCUAACUGAUAUCCACCAUGAAUCAACUAUUCACUACAACAAAUUCGGCCUAUUAGGACAAAAAAAAAAUUUUUUUUGUCAUUUUCCUUUUGUCAUAAUAGAUCCUAUAAUAUGACAAAAAGUAUAAAUGUCGCAUUUGGUACUCCUAAGGUGACAAAAUAUCGUUUUGUCAGAAUACGUUGUCAGUUAAAGUCAAUAACGUGACCAAAUUUGUGUGUCACUAUAUGGUUCGUCAAAAUAGGUAACCCACAUCGGGUUGUAAGAGACAUAAAGUGACAAAAUGUCAUCGUCAAAGUAUCGUUUGUCAUAUUAUGUCUUGAUGAAUUGUUUAAAUGACAAAUUGGUUUGUCACAAUAGAGAACCAUAAGCCCUCGCCGAUCUGACCAAAUGUAAUGUUGGUCAUAAUAUAGUGGUCUCGAGAUGUGACAAUGACAUUUCGUCAUACUUGGUGUUUUUAGACUGCAACCUCUUUCCCUCGGGAGAACAAUUAUACUCCUUUCCUUGUCUCUUCAAAUUGCGCAGUCCAUCAAAAUCCAAAGGAACCCGACAUAAAAGUCACCAUCAAUAUUCCAACGACCUCGAUCCUUUACCCGUCCUCCACCAAUCGGGCCGGCCACUCACCGGCGGGAUUUCCAUCGUCGUAGAUGUUCCACCAAUCGCCCCGUCACCACCGCAGUUCAAAGAUCCCCAAUCUCCGAAACCUAAAUUUCUUUACGGAUUGGAGAGCAAACUCGCUGGUCUUUCUCCCUCCCUCGUUUCCCAUAGCAAACUCGCUGGUCUCAGAAAUAGGUAAGCGUCGUCCCUCCCUCCCGUGGCUACCGUGUAAUGCUAAUUUAGCUUAAGACUAUUCUGGUGGUUUAUCUAUCUGAAUGAGCUCUUGUGUUUCCUUGUCAUUGACUCGGUGGCAGGUGCUGCUUAUAUCUUCGAUCCUUCAACCAUCCAGUUGUGCUAAUUAGAAUAGAGAGAAGGCACCCCAGGCACUAAGCAAAGGUAAGAUUCGAUUAAUGUCUUCAAUUAUUUUGUUUUAAUGAAAUCGUGUAAGUCAACUGGUUCCUAAUGGUUUGUCAUAUACCCUCUGUAUAUCCUUUCCUAUUUCAUCUCACGCUGUGCUUCCAUCUUGACCAACUGCCUAUAAAGGGAAGGUCAGUUUCUUUACGCACAGAUUGAAUGAGUAGAAAUUGGAUUAAGCUUAAGGAUAGGUUUUGUGAUGAAUAUCAAAAGAGGGUUUCUGAAUUCAUAGGGGCUGCCAGCAAACAUGUUGAUACGCUAGGUAGAACUAGAUGCCCUUGUAAAAGGUGCAAUAAUCGAAACUUCAAGAAGUUGGAGAUUGUCGCAGAUGAUAUAACCAGGAAUGGCAUGGUGGAGACAUAUGCUACAUGGAUCCAUCAUGGUGAGUCGUUUGACUUUGGGAGUACUAGACAUCAGCCUAGGCAACCUACAGUUGCGCUUGAGACUGAGGGUUUAGAGGAUGACAUGGCUGAUAUGUUAGGGGAUAUGCUGCGUGCUUCUUCUGGAAAUAGUCCUGUCAUUGAGGGGUCAACAACACCUAAUUAUUCUAAUCUAACAGACCUCAAUGAUAAAUUGGCUCGGCUAAUCCGUGAUGCCAAUUUGCCAUUAUACCCUGGAUGCAAAGACUUUUCUAGAUUAUCAUUUGUUAUGAAAUUGCUGAACAAUAAACUGGUAACCAACAGUACUGAUAAAGCCUUCAACAUGAAUCUGGACCUAGUCAAGAAAGCUUUACCUGUUGGUGAGACGCUUCCUUCUUCCUUCUAUGAAGUUAAGCGGUACAUGGAAGAUCUUGGGUUCGGUUACACCACUAUAGAUGCAUGUCCAAAUCAUUGUGUACUCUAUAGAGGUCCUCUAGAAUCUGCCAAGUCAUGUCCCAAAUGCAAUGAGUCUAGAUACAUACCUGGGAAACAAAAUAAUGUAGCCCAAAAGAAAGCUAGGUAUUUCCCACUAAAAGAUAGGCUGCAAAGAUUGUACAUGACUAAGGAGGAUGCUAAAGACAUGAGGUGGCACAAGGACUUGCGUGUCGAUGAUGAUACGUUAAGGCAUCCGGCAGAUGGAAAAACUUGGAAACGAUUCGAUGAGGAACAUAGUUGGUUUUCUGCAGACCCUAGCAAUGUUCGCCUUGCUCUUCUAAGUGAUGGGUUCAAUCCUUUUGGGAACAUGAGCAAUAGCUAUAGCAUGUGGCCUGUCGUGUUAACACCGUACAAUCUCCCGCCUUGGAAAUGUUUGACAGAACCUUAUUUUAUUCUUGCUGUCCUUAUACCUGGAGAGAAAUCGCCUGGUAAUAACAUACAUGUGUACUUAGAGCCCCUAAUAGAAAUGUUGAGAGAUUUAUGGGAGGAUGGGGUCAGUGCGUAUGACGCACACUCAAACGAAACAUUUCGUUUACAUGCUGCUUUGUUAUGGACAAUAAACGAUUUCCCCGCAUAUGGCAUGCUAUCGGGCUGGAGUACGAAGGGGAGAUUAGCCUGUCCUGUAUGUAAUAGUGAGACAUGCUAUGAACGUUUGGAUUUUAGUCAUAAAGAGUGUUACAUGGGGCAUCGAAGAUGGCUGCCAACUGACCAUAGGUGGAGAAAAAGUCGGAAAUUUGAUGGGAAGCAUGAACUUAGAGGCAAACCAAGAGUGUUGUCUGGAGAUCAACUUUUGCAGCAAAUAGAUAAGGCCUUUCUCUCUGAUGUGGUUGUGAAUGGUUGUGGGAAAAGGAAAAGGGGAAGUUCUGAUGAUAUUCUAAAUAACUGGAAAAUCAAAGCUUCAUUUUGGAGUUUGCCAUAUUGGAAAACUAUAGAGUUGAGGCAUAAUUUAGAUGUUAUGCAUGUUGAAAAAAAACAUUAGUGAGAAUGUGAUAGCUACACUACUAUAUAUCGAGGGUAAGACCAAAGAUACAGCCAAUGCUAGACGGGAUUUGGAAGACAUGCAUAUUAGGAAAGAGCUACAUCUGGUGAGAGACGGUGAUAAGUAUAAAAUGCCUCCCGCUUUAUACACCAUAAAAACCGCACAACUAAGGCCAUUUUGUGAUUGGUUGAGGUCGAUCAAAUUCCCAGAUGCUUAUGCAUCUAAUAUAUCCCGGUGUGUGACUACUGAUGGUCGAUCAAUCACUGGCAUGAAAAGCCAUGAUCACCAUGUCUUCAUUCAACACCUUCUGCCUGUUGUUGCACAAGGGUUCCUGAGCAAAGAAGUAUAUAAUAUAUUGUCUCAACUUAGUGAAUUCUUUCUUGAGUUGUGUUCAAGAACAUCGAAGUCAACUGUCUGGAAACUCAGUGAUAACAUUCCAGUUAUACUUUGCAACCUGGAAAUGUUGUAUCCACCAGCUUUCUUUGUCGUGAUGAUGCAUCUGCCUAUUCACCUUCCCCGCGAAAUUGAGCUCGGGGGACUGGUGCAGUAUCGCUGGGUGUACCCAAUGGAGAGGUACAACCUGAGUCAUGCACAUUAAUUUUUUUCUCCGACUUUUUAUAUAACGUAGCUAACUUUGGUAUUAUGACGUUUUCUUGGUUUUGAUUUAACUAGGUUUUUAGGAAUUCUUAAAUCUUAUGUUUCUAAUAAGGCCCGUGCCGAGGG